AUGGGAACAGCACUGGGCUUUGUGUUGAUGUGGUUGGUGCUCAAGGCUUUGCCGGACUGUUGGCGGAACCCGAGGCCCAUUCUCCUCUCGGGCACGCUGCUACAAAUCACAGCGGCCGCCACCUUUGCCACCAUCUCCUUCUUGACCCCCAGGCCCUGGUUCUUGUACAUCCUGGUGCUGGCUCGGCUCCUCCUGGGUUUGGGUGGCGGAUGUCAGGUCAGCUUAGCCUGGAUCCAGGCCGCACGCCUCACUGGCCAGGAUCGGGUGCUGCACAAUCUUCGUCUCUUUGUGGCUGGCUGCCUGGGUCUAGGCGCUGGGCCACUUGCGAGCUCCCUUGCCACAGGCAUAGGCGAGCUGAUGUCAUGUGGACAGAAUGGAAUGGAAUACGUGCUGGCCUUGGUCGCUCUUAUUCCAUGGAUGCAGUUGUGCAUCUACGUGCCCCCUAUCCCUGCCAUCGACCAGAUGCCAGGAAGCACUGCUACUCCAGCAACAUCACGUGCAAAGGCGUUCGUGGUUUGUCUAUGCUUGGCAAUGCUAGUCUUCCGCAACUUAUCCUUGGCAGCCUUGGAAGUGGGCACGGCGCAGCUCGCACAGAACAAGUACGGGUUUGAGUCGCUGGCCGUUGGCUUGCUGUGCGCAGGAAUCGUGUUCACGUCUCUGCCCGUGCAGUUGCUAUACGAGCGGCUGCGGGCCAACAAGAAAUUCAGAAUCUCCUUGCAUACCAUGCUCUGGACCGGCUUGGUCGCUGGCUGCCUCCUCAUCUUCCAAGAGUUUGCAGUUUUCUACUGCGCUUCCCUGGUGUUUUUCCCGAUGAUGGCCCUGAGCAGUGGACUGGUGAUGGCGAAAAUGCAAGAAAAUGCGAUGCCAGAUGGCUCAAUCCUCGACCGGAACACGACCACUCUCCUGGGCCUGAUCAUGGCCGACUUCCUGGGCCGAGGUUUCGGCCCGGUUUCUGCUCGACUUAGCAUCGCCAGUGGUGGGCAGAAAGGUUUCGCUUUGAUGCAAGUUGCCUACGCGGCCCUGAGCCUGCUUCUGUACUGGACAAGUUUGGUGGCGAGCCGCGAGGAUGCCUCGAAAGACGCGUCGGCGAAGGAUUCAGGUGAUUCAGAUGCUCCAGUUGCGGAGACUCUUCCUUCAAGGCUGAGCAGCGAAGACAAUGGGGACGAGGAUGAGGAGGAAGAGGAAGAGGAGGAUAACUCGGAGGAGGACAAAGACCAUCGUGAUCGGUGCUGA